AUGACAAAAUGGUCUAUCCCCUCUCUGUUCAGAUUAAACCCCGCAUCUCAGACCCAACCUGAUCCAACACCGUCAACGUCCUUCCAGAUUCUCUCUGAUCUCCACCUUGAGGCUACAAAAUCCUACAGAACAUUCUCUAUUCCCGCACACAGCCCAAAUUUGAUCCUAGCCGGCGAUAUUGGCCGCCUCAUCGAUUACGCGGAUUACCUCUACUUCCUUCAACAGCAGACCGCCCAAUUUGAGCGCGUUUUUCUCGUCCUCGGGAACCACGAGUUCUAUGGGUUAUCGUACGAUGAGGGGGUACAGAAAGCAGGAGAACUAGCUGACGAGCCGUUGCUAGAGGGGCGGGUGAUCUUAUUGAACCGCGGUCAAUACGAUAUCCACGAUAGCAAGGUGACCGUCCUUGGAUGUUCGCUUUGGAGCUUUAUCCCAGAGAGCAACAGAGAGGCCGUGAGGCUCAAGGUGCAGGAUUACAGAAAGAUCAACGGUUGGACUGUUGACUCGCAUAAUCACGCUCAUGGGGAAGACCUCGCAUGGCUCCAAGAGCAGAUACGUCUCAUUAAAGAAGAGGGAGGCGUAAAGGAGGUUGUAGUCGUCACACACCACGCGCCGAUGAUGAAGAGGACGUCUGAGCCGCAACACGCGGGCAGCCCAGUGUCCUCAGCCUUUGCAACUGAUCUGCUGAUUAGUAGCAGGCUGAAAAAGGGGGAGUGGGACGGGGUCACGCUGUGGGUUUUUGGGCAUACGCACUUCUCGACAGAUAUCGAGAAGGGCGGGAUUAGGGUGGUCAGCAACCAGAGGGGUUAUGCGAUGCCCUGGAUGGAGGAGAAGGACUUUGAUGUUGGGAAGGUUGUGCAUUUGUAG